CUUGGUAUAGCCGUCUAUUUUCCGUAACAGAAGAGGAGUGAUCAAAAUGGCUUUCCGAAUUUGUGUCAUCUUGCUUCUGGCUUAUUUUUCUGCCAGUUUUAUUCACGGAGCCGAUGCUGGAUUGUUAGAUUGUCCAGAUGUGUACUACAAUGGCUUUUUGGUACUGAAUGGUUUUGACUGUCCUCGAAGCUGGAUCGAUACUUCGGAACAGACUUACUGUUGUGACUCUGGAGAGAGUUACGAGAGAUGCUGCACGUUUAAAGACUAUUUCGGAUAUGAUGAAUAUUUUGGUCUAAGCGUGGGUGCUAUUAUUGGCAUAGGCGUUGGAUCCUUGGUCUUCAUUGUGGCCGUGAUUGUGAGCAUCAUCGUGUGCUGUGUGUGCUGCGUUAAGGCUGCGGCUACGCCUACCCAUCAUCCGGUCACCAUGCACACUAUCAGUGUGCCUCAGCAGCCAGGAUCAGUGACCGUUCCGCAGCCAGCGGCACCUGGCUAUUACUACCCUCCAUCCACCCAGUCUGUACCGCCGCCUAACUACGUAAACCAGCAAGCACAACAACCACCCCUUCCUGGCGAUAACCCCGCCUACCAAAAGUACUAGUCAUUGAGCUACGUGGCGUAACGGCCACCGAUCUCUGUGCUUGCAGACCAGUAAAUAGACCUCAGUGAUAAUAAAACGCACUUACACAAAUUAUCAAAAACACUGCCAACUCUCCAAGGUGUUUGAGACACACAUUCAAUUAAAGCUUAUUUUCAUCACAUUUCAUGUUCAUUUUUUUUCCGAUGCUUUUUGGGAGUAAAUUCCAUCUAAAAGAUGAGCACCCCUGAAAGUAGUCCUGAAGCCCAUCGCCAAUUUGAAAAAAGGAUGCUUUAAUACGCUCAAUUGCAAAAUAGAGGGACAAAUUUCAUCCAAAUGUCACAUUUUAUACGAGCUCGCAGUCCUCUGCACGGCUUCUUUUUUUACAAACCCUGCAGUUCAUGGCGCCAAAAUGCUCUACUGCCGGAGAAUUUGAGGGCAUGCAAAUCGUGAUUUGACCGGCGUAGGCAAUUUCUAGCCUAUUUACUGGCCUGCACCCCUAUACUAACUGGAUUGCAUGAUUGCAACACGUUGAUUGGCCAAAGCCACCUACAGUGAAAUCUCGAUAAGUCAAAAUUUUGAUAACUCAAAACAACUGUGAAGUCAAACAAAGUAUCCAUUCCCUUCAGUUGUAUAACAAUGAUACACAA